AUGAGUUUCUAUUUGGGUAGCUUAGUAAUAAUAUUCCAUGUACUCUUCCGUAAUGUCGCUGAUGGUAUAAAUGUAAACGGAGAUAAUAAUUAUGGGAAAACAAUAAUCAAUAAUGAUUUCAAUUUUGAUGAUUACAAUUAUUGGACACCAAUAAAUAAAAAGGAAUUUUUAAAUUCCUAUGAAGAUAAAUUUUCAAGUGAAUCCUUUUUAGAAAAUAAAUCUAGUGUUGAUGAUGGAAAUAUAAAUUUAACAGAUACAAGUACAUCAAAUAAAAGUUCUAAAAAAGGACAUGGUAGAAGUAGAGUAAGAUCAGCAUCAGCUGCUGCAAUUCUUGAAGAAGAUGAUUCAAAAGAUGAUAUGGAAUUUAAAGCUUCUCCUUCAGUUGUUAAAACAUCUACUCCAUCAGGUACACAGACAUCUGGUUUAAAAUCAUCUAGUCCAUCUAGUACAAAGUCAUCAAGUCCAUCAAAUGUAAAAUCAGCUAGUCCACAUGGUGAAUCUAAUUCUUCUGAAGAAAGUACUACUAAAUCCUCAAAGAGAAGUGCUUCGGUUGCAGGUAUUGUAGGUGCCGACGAAGAAGCACCUCCUGCACCAAAAAACACCCUCACUCCAUUAGAAGAAUUAUAUCCUACUAAUGUUAAUUUAUUUAACUAUAAAUAUUCAUUAAACAAUAUGGAAGAAAAUAUCAAUAUACUUAAAAACGAAGGAGAUUUAGUUGCACAAAAAGAAGAAUUUGAAUAUGAUGAAAAUAUGGAAAAAGCUAAACAAGACAAAAAAAAAGCACUUGAGAAAAUAGGAAAAGAAUCAGACGAAGAACCUUUUAUGUUUUCAGAAAAUAAAUUUCUUGAAAAUCAAGUAAAAGAAAGAAAUGUUGCUGGAUCCUUUUCUCGAUUUUUCAGUAAAUUAAAUCCUUUUAAGAAAGAUGAAGUAAUAGAAAAAACUGAAGUAUCAAAGAAAACAUUUUCAGGUAUAGGUUUUAAUCUUACUGAGAAAGAAGCUAAAGUAUUAGGUGUAGGUGUAACCUAUCAAGAAUAUCCAGAAACCAUGUUAUAUAACUGUCCAAACAAUUCUAAUUUGUUUGAUACUAUAGAAUCAUUACAAGGAAGAGUAAUUGAUAUUAAAAAAAGAGAAAGCAUGAUAUCAACAACUUUCGAACAACAAAAAGAAUGUUUAAAAAAUAUGGGUGUACUUGAUCUUGAAUUAAACGAUACACAAUGUAAAUUUGGUACAUGUAUAGGUAGCUUUGGAGAACAUCAUCUUAGAUUAUACGAAUUUGAGAAUGACUUAUUAAAAUUUCAUCCAAAUAUUGAUUAUUUAACUUUAGCUGAUGGAUAUAAAUUACAAAAAAAUGAUAUAUAUGAAUUAUCCCAUGUAAACUUUUGCUUAUUAAAUCCUAAAACAUUAGAAGAAUUUUUAAAAAAAAAAGAAAUCAAGGAUCUUAUGGGUGGUGAUGAUCUUAUAAAAUAUAAAGAAAAUUUUGAUAACUUUAUGAGUAUAUCUAUAACAUGCCAUAUUGAAUCUUUAAUAUAUGAUGAUAUUGAAGCAUCUCAAGAUAUUGCUGCUGUAUUAAAAAUUGCUAAAAGUAAAUUACAUGUAAUAACAUCAGGUUUAUCAUAUAAAGCAAGAAAAUUAGUAUAUAAAAUUUAUAGUGAAAUUCAAAAAAAUCCAGAUGAACUCUAUGAAAAAUUAACAUGGAUUUAUGAUAAUAUCUAUAUGAUUAAAAGAUAUUAUACUGCAUAUGCUUUAGAAGGUGUCUGUUCAUAUCUUGAACAUGAUAAAAGUCAAAUGUAUACAGAAUUACAUAUUUAUAACAAAAUAGUCGACUCUGUUCGUUAUUAUAGUUCAUGCUUUAAAAACGUUAUUGUUUAUAAUGCUAUCAUUUCUGGUAUACAUGAAAAAAUAAAACAUUUCUUAAAAUUAGUACCAAGACACAACUUUCUUUUGGAUUAUCACUUUAAUUCAAUUUUUGAAAAAGAAAUUAAACCAGCCAAAAAAUAUAGUACUUCACAUAUUUAUUUUGAUCCAACUGUUGCAUCAUAUGCUUAUUAUAAUUUAGAUAGAAGAACCAUGGUUACUAUUAUUAAUGAUUAUUUCGAAGCAAAAAAAAAAGAAUUAACCGUUAUAGUAUCUCGUAUGAAAACAGAUAUGCUCAGUCUUCAAAAUGAAGAAUCAAAAAUACCAAAUGACAAAAGUGCAAAUUCAAAACUAGCUACAAGAUUAAUGAAAAAAUUUAAAGCUGAAAUCAGAGAUUUCUUCAAAGAAAUGCGUAUACAAUAUGCUAAAUUAAUAAACAUACGUUACAGAUCUCACUUAAAGAAAAACUACUUUGCCUUCAAGAGAUUAGAUUAA